AGCGGUUCCCUCAUGCCACUUCCGGAUCUUUAGCCUUGGUCGUCAAAAUCUCUCAACGCUAUGCUGAUUUCGUUCUCAUUUGAGAUUCAGAAACCCUGCCGAAACCGGGUCUCAGAUAUAUAUAAGGGUUCCUUCAAGCCCUCCUCUUAUCACUACCCCCCCCUAGUACGCAGUGCCACUGCCCUAAUUCUCGUGAAGUCAUGCGCACUUCAAGACUAUCAGUCUCUCGUGAACGCGAUGGAACGACCCUCACUCCUCAGAGGAAACACCGUAAAUUACUCAAGGAUGGCUCCAGUGAGGUCUGGCCAGAAGAGAUAGAGAGAAUAUUCGUUCAAGGUCUUCGAGAAUACUGGGAAUCACCUUGGGCAACUUACUCUCGUGGCAGAAGUCGUUGGAGAAACCAAUUCUUGGUCGAGUACCUCCAGCGCGCUGGAAUAGACCGUUCCAAGAAGCAAGUUGCAAGCCACAUACAGGUACUUCGUAAUAUGUGGAAAGGAGAACAUGAAUACCACUUGGUCGCUGGUGGCGAGGAAUUACUCCUUGAUACCGGUCUCCCUACGUCAGUCAAAGCAGAGGAGUCACCCGACUCCCAUAUGAUGGCAUCCAUGUUCCUCGAUGACCACUCCCCAGCAUCAGACCGUCCCGGUCGUCCGGUGUCUCGUACGUCUCGCCAUACUCUCCCUCGUGCAAGUCCCGCCAUAAUGGGUUCAAAGACCGAACCCAUAAUGCCGCCAUAUCCGAAUCCCCGGAUACCAACGGCCGACGACGGAUGCCGUCGCGUACGGUCAAUGUCCACUUCUGCUAGCGCUGACCAACGGCGACUUUCGCCAUUGGCAUCUUCCCUCUCCCCUGAUAUAUCGGUCCGGCCAACAGCAUCGCAAUCGUGCCCACAUGUACCAUGUACUGCCACACGUGCGGACUUCGACUUUCACCGUGGCUAUGAACGGCAAAAUCAAUCCGUGCUCACCGCUGACCAAAUGUCGCCGGACCUCCUUCUUUCGAAUUCUCCCCGGAUUCAGAACUCAUCAACACUGUUCUCUUGCACACUUCGUCCUCCAUUAUUGACAGGAUUGUCGCUUUGGGCAGAGGGCAUGCAUCCCGCCACGGUGUCGGUGGAUGCUCUUUCUUCGCAAACACAGCCGACGGACUUGAACGCUUCGGUUGUGGCGCUACGUGUCAAGCUCCGCCUCCCUCCAAUAGAGGCUCCAUACUCCCCAGCCCUCCACGGCUUUCAAGGGUCGAUUACAUGCGACGCUCCACGUACCUCCAGUAUUAGGUGCUCCACAGCUGUUUUCGUCAGAAACCAGUGUGUCUCUCGGGAAAGCAGUUAUUGUUCCGUAAUAGCUGCGGAUGCUACCGGACCUGAAAUACUGGAUCACAUCACCCUACUCUUGCCCGAUUCCCAGCUCAGUCGAAGUCGGUGGAUAGAUCCUGAUAUGCAAACAUGCAUCAUACAGAAAAUUGUGGUUGAUGAACAAGUCAUAGCAGCCAUUUAUUACGAUCUCGACAGAAGGCAGUGUGAAAAUUUGCCGUCUGUGGAGCUCAUUGGAUUCCAAAAAUACACCGGCCACGCUGACACCACUCUGGUCCCAAAUACCAGCGGCGCCUUCGUACCAAACUACACUUAUGCACCUGGACACAGCAUACCUCGUACCAUCCAUGCCACUCCAACGUCUCUGUCUCAUGCACUCAUUCCUCCUAGUACGGAUUCUUCCCGGGCUAUUCCUUUUCAUGAAUCGCCUUACGUGAUGUCUUCAUGA